UUGGAAGAGAAGGAUUGGUAUGGUAAGAGAGAGGAUGGGCUUGCAGGGAACGUUUGUCUGAGAAUCUGUAAAAGAGAAAGUGAGAUGACUCAAAGACAAGGGACUUUGAAUCCUUUUAUAAGUGAUGAUGAAGAUGAUGGUAUAAGAAAAGGGUUCACUACUGCUAGAAUAGAGAGAAGAGAGAAGAGUGAAGCGUGAAGGAGAGAAAAGAAAAAGAAUGGCACCAGUAGGAUUACCUCCUGGUUUUAGGUUCCAUCCAACUGAUGAAGAGCUUGUGAAUUAUUAUCUCAAGAGGAAAGUUCAUGGUCUCAAAAUUGAACUCGACAUAAUUCCUGAAAUCGAUCUUUACAAAUGCGAGCCUUGGGAGUUAGCAGAUAAGUCAUUCUUACCAAGUAGAGAUCCAGAAUGGUAUUUUUUCGGACCACGGGAUCGAAAGUAUCCGAAUGGAUUCAGGACGAAUCGAGCAACUCGAGCUGGAUACUGGAAAUCGACAGGGAAGGAUCGAAGGGUUACUUAUCAGAAUCGAGCUAUUGGAAUGAAGAAAACAUUGGUUUAUUACAGAGGUAGAGCUCCUCAAGGGAUAAGAACAGGUUGGGUGAUGCAUGAAUAUCGUCUGGAUGACAAAGAAUGUGAAGACACCAUGGGAAUUCAGGUUGAUACUUACGCAUUGUGUCGCGUAUUCAAGAAGAACGGUAUAUGUGGUGAAAUUGAAGAGCAAGGACCAAGCAGUACUCUAUCACUGGUGGAGAAUUCUCAAGGGAUAAUCAAUGAUUAUGAAACUAUGUCACCAGAUGUGCCAAUUGGAUCAUCAUCAUCAUAUGUUGAAGAUGAAGUAGAUAAAGAUGAUGCAUGGAUGCAGUUCAUCACUGAAGAUGCUUGGUGUUCUUCUAACUCCAAUGUAGGUAGUGAAGAUGCAUCAUGUGUUGGAUUCUCAAAUUAAUGUGAGUGUAUUGGGUAAUGGGUGGCAAUCAGAAUAACAUAAUUGGAUAUAAUUUUGUUGUAAUAACAGAUAAACUGUAAAUUUUUCUUACUGUUUAAUUGUAUGUAUUUCCUCCAUGAGAGGUUAUGACUGGCAGUUUUAUGGCAA